AUGGAAACAAGAUCUACAAGGCGCAAGAAGCCUUCCCACAUUGCUGAAAAUGGCAUCGAUCGGAUCAGUGAUCUUCCUGAUGCUGUUCUCCAUCACAUUCUCUUGCUCCUACCCAUCAAAUCAAUCGCACAAACCAGUCUCUUAUCCAAGCGAUGGAGAUCUCUCUGGUCCUCCUUCCCUGACCUUGACUUCACCACCAUAAACAUUAACCCAAAUACCAUUUCUUCCAUAAAUCAUAACCCAAAUGCCAAAAACUCUCAAUCACACUCUUCUUCUACUACAGGACUGGACUUCAUAACUAGGGUUUUAGGUCACCGUGACAAAAACUCAGACCUAAGGAUCCUUCGUUUUCGAGGAAGUUUAAGUUUCUCUCAUCUAAAUGGUAUCAUUCGCCGUGCCAUUCGACAUAAUGUUCAACAACUUGAUGUUGAGGUUGCCACUGAUGAUUACUUUAACUUCCCACGUUCCAUUAUAGCAAGUGAAUCAUUGCGUGUUCUUAAAUUAAAAUCUCGUUUCCCAGGUUUUCGUUUGCCUCCUUCGUCAGUUAUGAAGGAUGGUUUUCGAUCACUCCACACGUUGUCUCUUUCGCUUAUCAUUUUACACAACCAGCCCUCACUUGUGGACUUGUUCUCAUCAGAUUCAUCAUCGUUUCCACUCUUGAAGAAAUUGAGUCUCGACGCGUGUUUCGGGUUGAGACAUCUUAGUGUUGGAUGCAAGGCACUUGAAGAGUUAACCUUGGAAAAUUGUUUUCAGCUACAAGAUUUGAGUAUUUCAGGUCCAAAAUUGGAGAGAUUGCGUGUAGCGCGUUGUUUUGAUGCUUCUGGGGGUAAGAGUUGGGUAGAGAUCAAUGUACCCAGACUCAAAAUCUUGCACUGGGUACGUAAUGCCAUCACUGAUUAUAGUGAUCUUGAGAAUUUAAGUUUGCUGCAUGAGGUAUCUAUUGGUUUCUUUGUACUUCAUGAAGAUGUAAGUGUGGUCAAGCUUCAUAGCGUGUCCAAUUUUUUGUCUGGACUCUCUCAUGCCCAUUACUUAACACUUGAAAGCCAAUGUGUCCAGAUUCUAUCAAGCAAUAAUUAUUUUGCAGUUUAUCUACAGCCGUUUAAUAACCUCAGAUCUUUGGAGUUGCAUACUGGUUUCAAAAAAAAUAAUGUCCUAGGAUUAGCAUGCCUAUUCAGGAGCUCUCCCACAUUGCAUACUCUUAUUCUCAAGAUUAUUAAUGAUUACAAGAUUGAAAGGAGACAAUGGAAUAGGGACUUGUGGGAUAUGUCUAGCUCUGAGGAAGAACAAUUUUGGGAAUCUCAAACCCAUACUUUGAAGUCCUUCCUACAUCACCUGAAGGUAGUAAAGAUCCAUGGGUUCUUAGAAUGUGAGAAUGAGGUUAGUCUAGCAAAGUUUCUGCUAAAGCAUGGAAAAGCCCUUCAAGAGAUGACACUGUGCACAGGACACAGCAGUGCUAGAGACUCUCUCAGGCGACAGAAGAUUAGGUCACAGAUGAUGGGAUUUUCUUGGGCUUCUUCUAAUGCUAAAAUUGCAUUUCACUAG